AUGGCAUAAGCUACUUGCUUGUUGUUCAAAAAGAAAAAAAAAAGGCAUAAACCUUUACUUUUCCACCAUCUCAUUCUUCCACCCAUCCAACGUGUUGUGUUAUCUUAGGGUUUGCACCCAUUCCUUCUCUCUCUCUCUCAGGUAUCACAUAAAUCUCUCAAUCAAAUCCACAAAAGUAAAGUUGAACCUCUUUGGAAAUUAAAUUUUGAGGAUUAUUGGAAAGAGGGCAAGCAAAUGAGUGUGAGCAGUGCAUCGGUCCACCCGGUGGAAGCUCCUCCUCCUGCAGCAGCUCCAGAAGCUACACAAGCGCCACGUGUGAGGAUGGAAGAUAUACAAGGGAUGCCUGCAACGUUACUCGGCCUUACACUUCGUUUCUUCCAGUUCUUCUUCGCAGCUGCUUCCCUCUCCGUCAUGGCCUCUACCAAUGAUUUUCCUUCCGUUUCCGCCUUCUGCUAUUUAGUUGCAGCCACUAUCCUGCAGAGCUUGUGGAGUCUUGCACUAGCCACAGUUGAUGUCUAUGCCAUUAUGGUCAAGCGUUCCCUACAGAACCGUCGUCUCGUUAGCUUGUUUGCAAUUGGUGAUGGGGUGACAUCGACGAUGACAUUUGCAGCAGCGUGUGCAUCGGCAGGGAUAACGGUUCUGAUAGACAACGAUCUGAAUAGCUGCUCGGCCAACCACUGUGUUCAGUUUGAAACAUCAACUGCAUUAGCCUUCAUUAGCUGGUUUGCUGCUCUCCCUUCUUUUCUCUUCAACUUCUGGUCUCUCGCUUCAUCAUCCCGUUGAAAAUAAAAAAGACUAGACUGAACACAAGAUCGGUUUCCACCCGUGUACAUAUAGUGACUGAUUUUUUCUUCUUUCUUUUUUGGGAAUUGUUUUGUAAGACCGACCUUGUUUGUGUUGUUGUUGUAACACUGACAAAGAAACUUACUAAGCAACGGUUGCGGAUUAAACAACCUUGUCAUA